CCUAACAAGAGCUACCCACCCGCUCAGAACUACUCCCAGCCUGAGCACUACCCACCUGCCGAGAGCUACUCGCAGCCCAAGGACUACCUGCCACCGAAUAGCUACGCGUCCCCUGCUGCCUGGUACCCACCAGCCUACGGAGCACGACCGCAGGGACCAGGUGCUGGUGGAAAUGGUAAUUCCUCCCAGAAAUGGCAAGGCAAGCAAGUGCCUACAUAUAGUAAACGUUUUCCAGAAGAAAACAACAAACCAAAGGCCAAAAAGAAAAAAGAGCCAGUAUUCUCUCAUUAUUGUGAUACCUGUGACCGUGGCUAUAAAAACCAGGAGAAGUAUGAUGAACAUAUUUCACAACAUAAGCAGUGCACAGAAGAAGGUUGCAGUUUCAGUGCACAUGAGAAGAUAGUGCAGAUACACUGGAAGAACGCACAUGCACCUGGUGCUAAAAGAAUAAAAUUAGAUAGUCCAGAAGAGAUUGCUCGAUGGAGGGAAGAAAGAAAAAGAAAUUUUCCUACUUUGGCAAACAUUGAAAGGAAGAAGGCAAUGCAGAUGGAGAAGGAGGAAAGGGGAGAAGUGCUGACUACCCAACAGUUUGGCAAAAUGAAGGGGAUGUGGAAACCUCCAGAAAAUGGGGAGUCUGUUGGGCAUCAAGGAAGACACAGGAGAAGACAAUGGCGCCCGUUCUGGAAGAAAUUUAGGAAAAACGAUGGUGAUUGUAAUGUACACAGAUCUCAAAAUGAAGCCAAUGGACCAGAAAACAGCGUGUGUGAAAAGGAACAUGAGGGACAGCCUGCAUUGGCAGGUCAAACGGAUGAGAAGGAUGUUGACCCUCUUGGUCUUCUGGCAAACGGUGAUGUUGAAUCUGACAAGGACGAAGCAGCUGAUGAAGGUGGGAAGCUGGGAUUUACAGUUGUUCCCAAGCAGGUGACCUCUGCCCUGAGCUCCUUGUCAGUCAACUAUGGCAGCGCAUCCGACAGCGAGCCUGAAGAAAUCCCUGUCAAGACUGCAACAAAAGCUGAGAAAAACCAGGCUGUGCUCAGAAAUACGCCUCAAACUGCUUAUGCUCCUUGGAGCCGAAACCCAAAUCAAAAACGUCCGGAAUACGCAGGCACGAAGCUAAGAAACUCGAAUUCAAAAGCACGUCGCCCCAGAGGGCCUGGUAACUGGGGCAAGAAAACAUUAGCUCCCCUUCCCAAGCGCCGUCCAACUCUACUGGAAAUGUUACUGGCCCAAGACAUCCGACACGAAAGGAAUGUGAUUUUGCAAUGUGUUCGAUACCUCAUAAGAAAUAACAUGUUUGGACUUCAUUUUAAAGCAGAACCAGAAGCUGAAACAGAAACUGAACAGCCCUCUGCAACUACAGCAGGGUCUUCAAUGGACAAACUCAAUGAAUCUAAUCAUUCUUGUAUCUCUGACCUUCAGUUAGCCAGAGGACAAGAAGAUGCAUUAUUAGUAGCCCAGGGUGAGAAAGAACCUGUGGAUCAAACUUCACAGACGGCUCACUUGGCAGAUGAGGACACGUGGGAAACCCCAUUAGUUCAGUGUGAAGGAGCACCAUAG